AUGACCAAGCCCAAUACUAAGCCAAUUACUGUCUGGCUGACCCGUAAGCCGAGUUGGCUAUCUGCUUCAUGGGCAGUCGUCCUGAUUCUUGAGGAACUCCAGGUUCCCUACGUGAUUGAAUCCUUCAGGUUUAAUGAUGUCAAGAACAGGCCCUGCACUGAUAUCUGCCCUAAUGGUGGAGUCCCAGGCAUGUACCACCACCUGGAGGAGGUCUACGACACGGAGAAAAAGGUGACCUAUGAGCCGCUUAACGAAAGGCAACUGCUGAACCAGUACCUUCAUUUCCAGAUGAGUGGACAAGGGCCUUACUAUGGCCAGGCUGGAUGGUUCAACGUUCUGUACCACGGAAGGAUUCCCUCCACCAUAGAGCGCUACAAUGGCCAAGUACGCCGCUUCCUGGACGUUUUAAGCACUUAUUUGUCAUUUAUGUCCUGGAACUGUCGCCUUGACAUGCUACUGCAGACGCCCCCGGGUGAGGACCCAUUAGCAAAAUACCCCGAUCUCAUCGAUGAUCAGGGGUUGAUGCCCAAUGACAUGCCCAAGGGGAUAAACAAUAUCAAAGAGUAUGAGGAGCAGAUUGCGCGGGAGGCCGCCGAGAAAGAAGAACAGUAA